UCAACAUCACGACGAAUUUGGAAAAAAAUAACAAAAUAAGGGCGUUUUUCGUCCAUUUUCGCUUUCUUUUCCUGUUGUGGAGGGCCCGGCAAUUAGAAUUAAUAAUUAGGAAGAAUAAGCCGUAUUGGUAAGCUGAGAUGUUCAUAAUACAUGUAAAAAUGAACCAAUUAAGUUAUCCCAAUAUUGGAAAGCCGGAAGCUCCGCACGCAGGACGAAGUCGGUACGAAUGAGUCAUGACAAGCUUAACCGACAUGACGAAGAUCAUAGUUCUGCUUUUAGCAAUCGUUACGUGUUUGGCGAGGUCUGAAGCGGAGCCGGGUGAAAACGAUCUACUCAUUAGAGCCCGACAAGAAAAGGAACAGCUGCAUCACUCGGUGAAUGCAAAAGAGUUGCCAGAGCAGCCUGUCAGUGCAGUUGUGGCAGAGGAAGCGAGCCAAUCACCGGGACCUGCACCGCACUCCAGUCGCCAACACGAUCACCCCAACCUUCACCAGGACAGCAGCAGUCCGCUCCUGCAAGUCAACUUCUGGUUGACGCUACUUAUCUCCGCCCUGGCGGCCGCGUUGCUGUCCUGAAAAGCCCCUCUCCACAUCGUCGAGUUUUUAGAGUAAAUUAAAUCCUGGUUUGACCUUCA